ACGAGUGCUGAAUAUCGAAUGGCUGAAAGGCACGCCCCCAUGUUCCUAUUAUCAUGGGCGCGGCUAGUCCUCGAAGAAUCGCUGCUAUUUUGCAUGUGCUAUAUAUCUCAGCUCUGAUCUCGUACUGAACUGAAGUAUGUCAGCUAGCAAGCAAGUGGCACUUGGAAGAAGGAAAUUUUUGUCUUAGCAAAAGCAAAACUGAGGUGACAAAUGAGAUCUGCCAGCUGCACACUCGGCUGUCUCCUAGCCGUGCUCAUGCCAACCAUCGUCAUAAGCUUCUAUGCACAACCUAAGGCUGUACAGUUCCUCGAGUCCCCGAGUCAUGUGACCAGCUGUCAGGGGUGUGGUCCCAUCGUUCUGCAAUGCAGUAUUGUCGCACAGAGCACGGUGGCCAAUGUGCCACGCCCACUUCUACAGUGGAUGGUCAAUGAAACUGAUUUAGUCUCUGAGGUCUUCUUAGAUGCGUCAGUCCAACUGCUUACAGAUGCUGACUCAGCAGUCACCACCUCACAACUUACACUGCCCACCCCCCACACGGGUCACAGCGGGAGGUACAGGUGUGAGGCUCGUGACGGCAGUGACCACACCCUCUGUGAAACCGUGCCUUGUGUGACGACUACCACUUUGAGCAACACAGCCAGCGUACAAAUACUAGCUGACAAUGUCUCCGUGGAAACCGUGGUGUACAGUGGAGACUGUGAACGAGCUGCACUUUUAUCAUGUGGUGUGCAGGGGGAUUUCCCCACUGUGUGGCUCAGAGACGGAGCUGUAAUACUACCAAACAACCAGACGGAAAACUUGCUACCAAAUGGAGACUUGUUGGUACAUCAUCAUGGCAACUCGUCGCACGUAUACAGCUGUAUUGGCGAGCUUCAAACCACAAACGCCACCCUCUCACAGUACGAGCUCCACACUGUCACACCUGUCACGAGCCUCACACCUCACACUAUCGUACAAGUACACAACUCUCUGCCUGUACUCUUGACCGGCGACGCCUCCACUCUAGUCUGCACGUACGAGCAACGAAAUUCAUCAUGUGAUCAUCCCUCUGUGCCGAGGUGGUACCACGAUGGGAGAGAGGUGAAUUCAGCAGAGUUGAUGCACGCUGGUCAUGUGAUACGACUGGAAAGAGUGGGCGUGGCUGAUGCUGGAGUGUACUGCUGUGUGAUGGAGGGGGUGGAGUCUUGUACUACGCUGGACGUUAUUGAGAAAACCAAUACAGACUCAUCCACUCGUUUCAUUGGCUCAACCGACACCACCCUCUACAUACCCGCCCCCCUCCACAGGCCACACCCUCUUUUACGCUGGUUCCACAACGGGCUUGAAAUUAAGUCCCACCAGGGCUUAUCAGCACUGAAUCAGACGUCAGAGGUGACCUCUGCCCUCUAUGGGAUAUACCAGCUCUUCAUUGAACAGCUGGAUGGGACUCUAACAGAGCUAACCCUAACAAGAGCCCUCCCUUAUGGCGUGUCCAAUCCUCCCGGACCCCCCACCCUGACGGAGGUACCUCGUUACAAUACCCCACUUUACCUGACAGCUGUACGAGUCUCGUGGACUCCGCCCCUUUACACUGGCGGAGUAGCCGACCCCUGGUUCAAUGUUAGACGCAUUGAAAACCGUUAUACGAAAAGUGUUAGUCGUACUCAGGGGAAUUCCCUUGUCAUUGGGUUGACGCUGUAUUCUUUUCACUCUGUGAGUGUGGGUGUGGUUUCAGACGAUGGAACAGAGCUUGGUGAAUGGGGAGUGGCCACGCCACUGGAUUUAUACACAUCAUACACAUCAUUGUGCGGAGGCAAUGCCUAUGCUCCACCUGAACUGUCUCUCUCCUGCGUCAAUGGCAGUGUUAACAUCACUCUAACUCACAUUAAACGCCCCCUGGUACUGUAUCGGACUGGUGGCUGCACGAGAAACAACCAGACAAUUCAUGUGCCAGGCGGCAGUGUUUCACUACUGGAGUCAGUUGCCGUGGGAACUCAGUGCGGGUUCGAGGGUGCGGCUACCCCCAUUUUUUACGACGAAUGCACGACGGGAGACAUGUGUCAGUGCUUUAACCCCUACAACCUGGAGUACACACCUCCAGUCUCCUGCAACGUGUCAGGUACGGUGACGUUCGACCAAUCAGAAUACACUGUGGACGAGGGUACAUCGGAGGUGCAGAUUUGUUUAACGGCACGCGGCUACGGCUUCUCUGUCAUCAUCGAAACAGAAGCUGCUACGGCAACAGCCUCUGAUGAUUACACACCAUUAAGAAGAGAGCUUGAGUUUACUGCCGAUGCCCUCACACAUUGUCUCAAUGUGAGUGUACGAGACGAUGUGGUGGUGGAGGGGGCGGAGUCUUUCCGUGUUACUAUGACAACUGACAACCCCCUGGUCGUCAUUCCCACUCCUUCGGCGACGGUCAAUAUUGUGGACAAUGAUUUUGUGGGUGUGUCCUUCAUUCAAAACUCCUCCCUUUUCUUGCCAGUCGACACCACCACAUUUGAGGUGUGCGUAUUCCUAGAGGGUCAACUUGAGAGAGAUGUCAGAGUCAACUUAACGUCUUCUGUUGAUGAUGGUGUUGAAGCCAGUGAGCUGCACUUCAAUAGCUCUCAAGUUAUCGUCUGCGUGAACAAUACUUACAACUCAACUGACGGAUACCUGCUAAUGCUGGUGACCUCUGACCCCCAGGUCAGCGUCUCAGAGACUGGUUUAUCAGUGUCCAUUCUCCAAGAGCAAAUCACAGAUACCUCAACCACACCUGCUACUGAUACCUCUACCCCUGCUACUGGUACCUCUACCGACAACUCCUCAACCACACCUGCUACUGGUACCUCUACCGACAACUCCUCAACCACACCUGCUACUGGUACCUCUACCGACAACUCCUCAACCACACCUGCUACUGGUACCUCUACCGACAACUCCUCAACCACACCUGCUACUGGUACCUCUACCGACAACUCCUCAACCACACCUGCUACUGGUACCUCUACCGACAACUCCUCAACCACACCUGCUACUGGUACCUCUACCGAGAACUCCUCAACCACACCUGCUACUGGUACCUCUACCGACAACUCCUCAACCACACCUACUACUGGUACCUCUACCGACAACUCCUCAACCACACCUGCUACAGGUACCUCUACCGACAACUCCUCAACCACACCUACUACUGGUACCUCUACCGACUACACCUCAACCACACCUGCUACUGGUACCUCUACCGACUACACCUCAACCACACCUACUACAGUGACUGAAGAUGCGAUUACAACAUCUCCCUCUGUGGUCAAUCGCGAGCUGGUUACCAUGACGACAGUCGGUGUUGUCACGGUGACUGCUCUAGCCGUAGUCAUUCUGACGCUCAUUGUAUUGCUGUGUGCUUGCUUUGCUUGGAAACGUUACAAGAGAAAGAGAUAUGAGAAGCAGAUUAGAAGAUUUGGAAAUAAGAAAGAGACGUUUUGCUCGGACUUUGAGGAUCCCGUGUCGAUUGGUCCCUGUGCUCCCGCCUCUGCCGACCCCGAUGACAUCACACUGUACAACGAGUUCUUCCCCGGAGGAGGCUCUGCCUACUCCUCUGCCCUCUCACUCGACAAGGCAGGAGGGGAAUUCCCCCUCGAGACUGGGGUCACUUCCGAGGAGAUUCUCGAGCAUUUGGUGCGAUAUACCUCGAGCCGUUAUCAGCAAGACAGCGGUAUAGGGGAGUAUCUCAGUCGACCAAUGAGCUGUGAUUUUGGGAGCGGAUUUUCCGGUCAGUCCUUCUCCUCCUAUGUACACUGCAAACAGUACAACUGCAUGUGUGGUACGUGCCUGGCCGGUCGGGCCGAGGGGAAGUCCCCAACAAUUGUGGGAAAGUCCCCACUAGAGACUGAUUGUGAAGACGUUUUUGUGUUCGUUACAACCUUAUCAACAUCUUUACCCGAACUCAGCUCAUGUGACAAUCAUGUGAACACCUCAUGAUCACUAUCUUUAUCAAUUUGUGCAGAUACAUAAAAUUGACUUAUAUGUAAUUUUUAUACAGGUUUUUUAUUCCAUCAUUUCACAGUUGAAACA